UCCCAUCCCUACACUUGUUGCCAGUCCUGCCCAUCUCCCCGGGCUGUGCGCUCAGACAGGUCCCGGUGCCUCUGGGCGGAGGGCGGGCACUUGAGUUGGGGCACAAGUAGAGAGAGCGCUAGCCCGGCCUGGCACAUCCCAUACAGCAGGAGGGGAGGAGGAGGCCACAGCGAUCCCAUGGCUGACAAACACUAUAUAGAGGACGAGGCUGUACAAGGGGAAAAAGAGAACCAGGAAUGGGGCUAUGAAGAAGGUGUUGAAUGGGGUCUGCUUUAUCCAGAGGCCAAUGGAGAUUACCAGUCUCCAAUCAACAUCAAUUCAAGAGAGGCCAUGUAUGACCCAUCAUUGUUAGAGGUUCGAUUAACACCCAGCUAUGUUGUUUGCCGUGACUGUGAAGUAAUUAACGAUGGGCAUGUUGUUCAGAUAUUGCUGAAAUCAAAAUCAGUUUUAAAAGGUGGUCCAUUACCUCGAGGCCAUGAGUAUGAACUGAAUGAAGUACGGUUUCACUGGGGCAAAGAAAACCAACGCGGCUCUGAGCACACAGUUAACUUCAAAGCAUUUCCAAUGGAACUCCAUCUUAUCCACUGGAAUUCUACACUUUACAGAAGUCUUGAAGAAGCUAUGGGGAAAGUGCAUGGAAUUGUUAUCAUUUCCUUGUUUGUACAGAUAGGAAAAGAAAAUAUUGGCCUUAAAGCUAUCACAGAGGUUCUUCAGGAUAUAUUUUAUAAAGGGAAAUCUAAGACGAUACCAUGCUUUAAUCCCAACACCUUAUUACCAGACCCCCUGCUGCGUGAUUAUUGGGUAUAUGAGGGAUCUCUUACAAUGCCACCAUGUAGUGAAGGAGUUACCUGGAUAUUAUUUCGAUACCCUUUAACAGUUUCUCAAACACAGAUUGAAGAAUUUAGGCGAUUAAGAACCCAUAUCAAGGGAGCAGAUCUUCCAGAUGGCUGUGAUGGAUUAAUGGCAGAUAACUUUAGACCAACCCAACCCCUUAGUGAUAGAAUCAUUCGAGCAGCAUUCCAGUAAAUACAAGAGGGGAGGACAUUUACUUUCAGGUCUGGGAAAGGAAGAAAUGAGUGAAUCCCCUUUGUAUGUGAAGUCAUCAGUGAGUGCAGUAUGUGUUAUGAAUACUUUGCUGGGCACAGCGCUAUUUUCUCAAGCUGGAUCCCGUGUCGCGGUUGCUAUGCUUGCAAGGGUGCGCACAUGAGAAUACAGUCACAGGGCUGCUUCACAGGACACUAAUGAUGGGUGAUCCUGCCCUUCUGCGGCUCUUUCCUUGCUGCCCCCAGUGUGAUAUUCAUAAAACCUUCUGAUGACAUCACUAAUGACAUCAUAGGCAAACUUUGCAAGCAAUGGAUGAAAAAAAGAGAGGGGAUUUGUCAGUACAAGCGCUCUCACCAUUGGUGGAAUCACUUGUCUAUCAAAUAUGCAAGUUGGCAACCAUAGCAGUAGGGAAGGAAAGUUGCAAAAAGCUGCGGAUACUUGACAAUAGUGCAGAAUAAAAAAGAAAAUAUAUUUAAUUACAUAAACUAUUUAUACUCUGCAUUUAAAUUGCAUAAUAGUUCCGCUUUAUGUUUGGGCGAAGGGACAAGUAUAUACAGCUGGUAACUACUAUUGGGACGCAAAGACAAUUCAGUUACUGUUUUGUUUUAAUGAUGAAACCGCCCUGCAUUGCUUCCCUGAAAAAAUGUGAAAAACCAUGGAUAAAUUAGCAAACUGGCGAAAUUUCAGAAAAUGCAUUGGAGUCAAUGGGUGUAUUUUUUUGCAGUGGCUGUUUGGUGCCAAACACAUUGGAGUCAACAGGCGUUUUUCCAUGUGUUUUCUUGAACCAAAUACAUCGUAGUCAAUGGACAUUUUUGGGGAGUUAAUAAAAUCUCAUUUCUAAACACCAUUCUUCAUUUCCAUUAUUUUCCAAACAUGGCUUAAACAGGGUAUAUAAAGCCGCUCAUAAUCUCUGAACAACAAAAGUAAACAUCAAUAAUAAAUUUGCUCAUCAUCCAAAUUAGCCAUUUGUGGCAACGUUCUGCAACAACUUUUUAAAUUUUCAUAAUAAACAUUGUGUCCAAAUACUUGCAUUUGCAUAUAAUUAUACUCUUAAUGCAAAGCCUCCUCAUUAUGAUGGUUGGCAAAAUCCCAAUGCAACUUAAUUUCUUUGACUUUAAUUUCUGGACCAAAAGCAUUAGCUUGAACAUGUGAAAAAUGUAUAAUGUGCUCAUUCAAUUAGGAAGUAAUUAGAUAUUCAAUCAACCAUAUAUCACACUUGGGAUUAGGAAAGGAGGGAAAAAAAGAUGUGCUUCGUUCUUGAGCAUAAAACAGUUUUGUUAAUUAGUUAUUGCUAAUUGAGAUUGAGAAAGCAUCAUUAUGUUACCAAGCAGGUCUGCUUCAACUGUGUGAUAAAAAAGCUGAAAUCAUUGCAGUGUAAGAUAACACAAAUCACCUGCAUGUAGCAUGCUUGCAGUGACAAAUAUAAUGCUGCUCAGUGAACAAAACCAUGCAGAUAGUUUGCUGGGCUUGAUUACAGUUAGUACAGACUGCAUGAUGGGGGUUGUAGUUGUGGGGAAAAAAACCCUUAUUUAAAAGGGUUCCUCCAACCAAAACCUUUUUUUUCCUUAAUUAAAGUAAUUGUAAGCAACUUUCUGUGAUACAGUCAUUACAACAUGUCAGUGGUUUUACAAAGUAAGUAUAGUUGCAACUGAAAGUGCAACUGCCUGACCAAUAAUAUUCUUUGCGCUCCUGGCUCCGACCCCUGAAUCAAUUUUGCAAAGACAGAUGAGUAACAGAUCUGCUUUUAGUAUCUAUUAAAUUUUCAAAUAACUUCCAAAAUUAUUAUUUUUUUGUAAUUAAUGUGUAUUGGAAAGUUACUCGGAAUUACAUAUUCUUUUUAUUAUUAUUAUUGCAAAUAAACUAAAUCAAUUUUUGGGUUGAGGACCCCUUUAGAGGGGCUGACCCCUCCCUCCCUUUUUCAAAGUGGGAAAGAGUCAGAACAAGAAAGAACAUCAUUUAAAAACUAUAACAAAAAUUAACAAUGAGGACCAAUAGAAAAUUAGAAAUUUUAUAACAUACUAAGGGACAGAUUCAUCAA